AUGUACCUUCUCCAUAUCAUACAAAUCAAUCACGGUUUCUAUUUUUUCCGCUGUAAUUAUAUAUUCCACAAACCCAUCGUGGCGUCACUCAAAACAUCUCGAAACCACAAAAAUCAUCACUUGCAGGGGGCAAUUCCAUCACAUUCUGACACAACUACUACAUCUUCAAACAAUCUUUGUGAAUCUCAGCUAAAUUCAACAUCAAUUGGUUUAACACUUGUGGCAAUCCUGUGGUCAUAUUCACUACUAAAGUCACCUUUUGUCAUACUCAACCCAUCUCCAGUGCCAUGUCCACCCUGGCUGACCUGGUCCUCAACGCUGUUGAGCCGGACCUCGACGACGCGGCGCUGGCCGCGGAGCUGGCGCGGCUCCGCGCGCGCAGCACCGCAGCGGCCGAGGCCGCGGCGCGGCGGCACUGCGCCGCGCGGCCGGCGUCGGCGCGGCCGGUGGAACGCCCGGCGUCGGCGCGGCCACAGCAGCUGGGACUGGAAGUUGGCAGAUGCCAUUCUGGCCCGGGCAGAUGAGGACAGCAUUGACAAAGAGCUGGAGGAGAUGGAUCGGCAGUUGAAGCUGCAGGUGGAAGAGUUCCGUCGGCAACAACGCCGGGACUCCGAAGAGACUGAAAAAGUUCAGCACUUGGUCCCUGAGAUUGCGCCCGAGCUCGCCUCAAGCGCCUCAAGUAGCUUCAAAGCGGAAGAGUCGCCGGCGCCGGAAGAGCUUCAGGAGCUUCAACGCUUGAGAGACCUGGCAGCGCAGAUGGACGAAGCCUUCCCAGAGGCCACCGAACUGGAGGGCGAUGCAUCCGAUGCGCCUUCCGCGCCUGCGGCUUCAGCCGUUUUACGGCUGGGUGGCUACCAGGAGCUGCCCAUGGAUGGCCCCCUGGACGAGGAGGUGUCUCACUUCAAGACCGUCUUGGAUCAACUAGACCUUCGCCUCCGGGCCCUGCAGAGCAAACAGGACCUGCACAUGGAGGACACGGAUGCGGGAAAUUCUCGUGGCCCGCCGCCGAUGGUGGCAGAGUUGCAGGUGCAGAAUCAGGUGCUCCGAGACCUGCUGUCCGGUGACCAGCGGAAGGGCCGACUGAAUUUCGAUCGGAAGCUCUUUGGGGCGGCAAGCACCGCUUGA